UAUUGUGGGACCAUCACGUGUAUCCGCGGGGUCCACGUGGGGUGACACAGCUGGGCUGCCCCCGGCUGCAUGGGGGGGGAAAGAAGAAGAAGAGAGAAGAAAACCAACCCACCCCUUAUCCCUCUCUCGCCCCCUUCCACCCUGAUCUUUAAUGCAUACAUUCCCCCGUCGCCGCUCGCCCCUAAUCCUAUGGGAUCAGCGGGCCCGUGGAGGCCCCCCCCCGGGGUCCCCCCCAAGAAGUGAUGGCUUUAUAAAGGGGCUCGGAGAGAGCGGGGAUGCAGUGCCCAACCAUGGCCUCCAAGCUCAAGGAGCGGAGGAGGACGCCGGUUUCCCACAAAGUGAUAGAGAAGAGGAGAAGGGACCGCAUCAACCGCUGCCUCACCGAGCUGGGGAAGACGGUGCCCAUGGCUCUGGCCAAGCAGAGCUCGGGAAAGCUGGAGAAAGCGGAGAUUCUGGAGAUGACGGUGCAGUACCUGCGGGCUCUGCAUUCGGCGGAGUUCCCCCGUGGCCGGGAGAAGGCAGAGCUGCUCUCCGAGUUCGCCAACUAUUUCCACUACGGCUACCAUGAGUGCAUGAAGAACCUGGUCCACUACCUAACGACGGUAGAGAGGAUGGAGACCAAAGACACCAAAUACGCCCGCAUCCUGGCCUUCCUCCAGUCCAAAGCGCGCUUCGUCACAGAGCCCCUCUUCGCCUCCCUGGGUUCCCUCCCAGAGCCGGACUUUUCCUACCAGUUGCACCCCGGGCCCGACUGCCCCGGGCACGGCCACAGCCCUGGCGAGGCCGGGCUCCAACCGCCCUCGGGGGGCCCCUUCCCGUGGCACGGCGCGGCCCGCAGCCCACCCCUGCCCUACCACCUCCCCGGCGCCGCUGUGCCCCUCGCCGGCCCCGGCCAGCAGCGCAGCACCUUCCUGUCCUCCGUGCAAGGGCUGGACCGCCACUACCUCAACCUCCUCGGCCAUUCCCACCCCAACGCCUUCGGGCUGCCCCCUGGCCAGCACCACUCCGUGCUAUAGACUCGACCCCGCCCGAAAACCCUAUUUAUGACCGCGGACACUGAGAGUUACGCCCGGGCGCACAGGGAGGCUGCCGGGGCCAUGGAGAUGCGCGGCAGUCUCGGAGGGCUGGGAGCUCGGGGCCUGCCUCCCUCCCUCCCGGGGGUCUGGACCGGCCUUUCCCGCUCUCCUUCCCACCUCCGGGUGCGGUGCCUGUACAAGGGAUGCCUUGGAAUAAAUGUUUAUACCC